AUGUCCAAUUUGAAGAUGAGCGAUGGUGCAAUCGAAGUGGAGCCGAACCCGCCCCCUCCACGUUCGAUCCCUUUUUCAUCUACACAACUCCAACCCGAUCAUACAGUUCUACAUGAGGCUGCAGCGUACCCCAUGCUUUCAGUGUCGAUGUCGAAAGAGGUUGAGGUGUCAUCAGAUAUGGCAGUCAGUCUCAAUUCACGUCAGAAUGAAAACUUGUAUAGGCUGCUUUCAAUCGUCCCUCGUAAGGAACUAACUCAGAAUGUGAAUGAUUAUUUCAGGCAAAUUUAUCCGUUGCCUUCAUACUCUUUUCUCCACGAACCGACAAUUCAAGAGCAGAGUCAAAACAACAGCUUGGACGAAUCUCUUGGCCUAGCUAUGGUGGCUAUAACAAAAUUAUUAUUAUCAAGAAAAGGUCAACCGUUAAAUGAGAGUCCGUCCAUGCUCGAAAAAGCAGAGAAAAUUAUCUUGGACCAUUUGGAAAGGCCAUCUACCAUAAAACUCCAAGCCUUGAUUUUGAUUACGCAUUAUCAUAUCCAAACAGGUCGCUUCUCGAGAGCUUACAUGUUGACAGGCUUGGCUGCACGGGCAGCAACUGCAUUACGUCUCAACUAUGAGAGGCUCGAGUUGAGUUUUAUUGCCCAAGAAACUCGCCGGCGAGUUCUUUGGGCUUUGACAGCUAUUGACGGUCAAUUUUCCGUGGGACUACCAGAAUAUGAGACAAUACCACACGCUAUCAUUUAUCAGCGCCUUCCGUGUCGAGAAGAUACAUUCUCAGCAGGGUAUUCGAUGCAUGCAGAAACCUCGAUAUUGGCCCAUCCAGGAAAGGACUCAGCGUCACCAAUCAGCUUACUGGGUGUAUGCAUUCGCAUUUCCAAAAUCCAAAAAGACAUCAUGCGCUUGACUAGACAAUUGGCGUUAUCAGAACAGCCUCUCGCACACCUGAGCGGGCUAGUCCAGGAAAUCCAGAAGGACCUAUGGCGAGUGCAGGCUGACGUUGAGCUGUCGUUUGGAUAUCAUAUCAAUUCUUCAGCCGAAUUGAUAGCCUUGCAAGACGACCGUUGGUUUGCCCGCUUCCUUCAAAUCUCCAUCUCCUGGCACCAAUGCCACUGCGAUCUCUACCGACUCUUUCUCCCCGGCUACCCAGAAGCCGCGCCAAAAAUCAUCAUCGGAGCGAUGGAUAUCAGUAUCCGAGAACAUGCCGUUCGUCAAUGCCAAGAGCAUGUCGACCGCAUCAAUCAGAUACUUUCGGAUUUGCAUAGGCUCCCAUCUACCUUGAUACUGCCGUUCGCCAUUGCCAUUUGUGCAUACCACGCCACACGAUUGACACUCUUUCUUCCAUCUUCACCUGAUUUGAAUGUGUCGAUGGAAAUGAGCGAUGCCAUUGCAAGGGCACAUACAGCGGUCGCUGUCACCGAGACUUACUUUUCGUCUUGGCCGAGUACGAAACAGAUUGUCUUGGAUUUGCGAAGGCUGGCGCACGCUGUAGAUACUGAGCCUGAGUCGAUAUACCGGGAACUAUGUAGCCCAUCUCCACCGUUUGAUCAAGCUUUCCACCGACAUGGUCAUUUGGCGAUUCAUAGUUUGGUACGACAGGCUGGGUUUGUGGAUGAUGGGUAUGAAUGA